GGCCUUGAAGAAUUAUCAAUAUAUUGAGCACUCUCCAAGCCGAUCCCAGAUCCCCUUGUAACAUGGAGUCCCAUGUCGAUUCCUGUAGUUAGCCGGUGAACAUGGUGUGAAAGAGAGUGCUGCUCUCUUGCGACCCGAGAAGAUGGCACCAGCCCGCGCUUAUACACGCCUUCAGUCAACGGACUCGCGGCGUCAGUUCGAAAUAGUAUUACUCUAUCUACCGUCUUCAUUUGCUACCGAGGCUUGACAGAAUCACAUCACUGUCGCACUUGGGUGGGCGGCUACAUGCGGCCUUUUCCCGGCCUCCUUCCUCGCCCCGAAUGGGCACUUACCUAUUCAAACAGGAAGGCCGCUACCGCAGUCUUGGUCUGCACACCGAAGGCUAAACAUAGCAUGUCGUUCGUAUCGCCAAGAUUGGGUUGCUCUGCAUGCCUGUGCCUGAAGCGGCGUCUGGAAGGUUCGAGGCCUAAAGCCUUGGAAGAUGAGCAGGGGUAAUGAAUAUUGGUUCUAAAGGGUGCGAAGAUCGGCAGCAAGCUAAAGAAGCUCGCCAAUGUGGCCGGCUCCCCGGGGUGGCAGAUCGGGGCCCGCAAGAGAGACGAGAGAUAGCAUCCACGGCGGCCUAUGGAUUGGUGGAGACCCGUGCGCGGGUGGGCGUGUCAUGUAGGGUUGCACUGUAGGAGUCGUGGUGUGCUGCUUUUGCCGCUCAUUGGACCCGAAGUGGUGUGGCAGGCUAAGACCGGCGCUAGGGACUUCUGUACGUACUGCACCGUGGGGACCCGUGGAGCGAAAUACGUGCCGCCGGAGGAGCUGAUACCGAGAAACCGCCGGAAUGAGAAUCAGGGAGACGUGGCCGACAACGUGGAGAUGCGGCGUGUUGGUAGCCGGCCAUCUUUGGCAGUGGUUGGCACUAGUCUCGGCAUCAGCGGUAGUCCAUUUUUGCGAGGUGAUUAUUGGGAUAGGAAAUGGUCCGGGGAGUUGCUAGGGACGCAGUUGGUGUGGUGGUCCCGAUGA